CGGUAACAGAUCCAAGGCCUGAUCAAAGAUAAGAACAACCUUUUGGGGAAAAGUUGGAUGACUGAAAGGUAUGCUCCUGUGGCAGCGAUUUUGCAAUGUUGCCUAAUUGGACCAUCAGCGAAAAGGCACACCAAGAUCGUAAUCAUGAAGAUAGAUGUACGUCGAGUGAUCGGGGCAAAGAGUUUGAUAGCAUUAGUGAUAGCGAGUAUCACCUCUACUGUAGAUAGCGCAGAAUGCUCAGCGGAAAAUGAAAUUCUUGCCGAUAGAACGGAUAACUGUUUCUUCUUCCAAUGUGCUAUCAACAAUGAUGGCGAUCUCGAAGCCUUGCGGUUAUCAUGUGCAUCUGGAACUGGUGUUCCCAAAGCAUUUGAAACUGGUUAUUCGAAUCCAUGUACCGAAAAUCUAGCUGAUCUCGGGAAAUCGUGUGGUAUAAAUACAGUUCCCGUCGGACCCCAAAGCUGUGUUACCGAUAAUAAUAAGUUUUACUAUGACAGUUCCUACUAUGCUACUGCUGCUGAUGCCACAAAUGACGAGUCCUGUUUUGAGGCUUGUGAGAAUGACGAUGUUUGCCAGGCUGCAUUGUGGGGAAGACAAAAUCAUCAAACAACUUGUUACAUGUAUGAUUUUAUAAAAGAGCCAACCAGCACAUAUAACGGUGCCAAGUACUACAUAAAGUUCUGUCCAGACGUAUAUGACAAUUGUCCACAAUCGGGUAAGCAAAAACACAACUAUUGCUACAUUCCGGUUGGAAAGAAAACGCUUAUACCUGGCAAAAAGCAUUGCACCGAUUCAUAUACUGCUUCGAUAGUCGAUGUUAUGGAUAGCGCGGACUGGACGUGGCUGAAACACUACUUCACAGCUCUGAACCAAGGAGACUGGUGGAUGGGUACGGAUCAAUACCUCUCUGAUGUGAAUGAGUAUCGCUAUUGGUUCUCUCAGGAACAUGUUACAUUUACCGAUUGGGCUGUCGGCCAGCCUAGUAGCCCGGAUAAACAAUGUGGUAUAUUCAAAAAAGACAAUGAUUACAAAUGGGAAGAUAUGGACUGUGAGACGGGAACGUCUUAUAGCACAAUGUGUAAACAACCCAUAGACCGAGAUGAAUGUUUGAGUAACCCUUGCCAGAAUGGAGGCACCUGUCACAACCUACAAGGCUACCUGACGUGCAGCUGUCCUCCCGGGUUUGGUGGCAUAUUUUGCGAAACAAAGGAAGGCUUGAAUGUAUACCUAGUAUGCGAUGACGAACACAGGUUUUACGCAGAUGGCGCAGAUUUAGGAAGUGGAUUGGAUUGGAAGCGUGUUUAUGUGAAGCUUCUCGAAGGCUAUACGAAAGUUAUUGCAAUCGUUUGCAUAGAUACUGGUGGUCCAGGAGCGCUUGCCGUGCAGGCUAGCCAGCUUAUCGGUUCAGACAGCAGUUGGAAGUGCUCUCAGAAUCUUGAGACUGACUGGUACCUUCCUGAUUUUGAUGACAGUGGUUGGGCGAAUGCGGCUGAGAUCUGCACCAGGGACCAAUACUGGACGUCCUUACAAGACUCUGGACUUAAAUCAGACACAAAGUUCAUAUGGCCUUCGUCUGAUAACAAUAAUGUUAACAUCGCCUACUGCAGGAAGAGAAUUGGAUGUGGGUCUCCUACGAUUGAGCUUACUGAGAAUGUAACACGUGCUGGCGAGUUUCUAGAGGGAUCUGUUGUUACAUAUUCCUGUAAAUCAGGAUACACAUAUUUAAGCGGAACUACUGAAUACACAUGCAGUGGCAGUUCAUGGUCACCAUCUGAUGGAACACCUCUAGAAUGUGAAGAAAUCGACGAGUGUCUAAGUGACCCCUGUCAAAAUGAUGGAACAUGUGUGGAUCUUGUGGACGCAUUCCAGUGUAUCUGUCAACCAGGUCUCAUGGGGGCAGUUUGUGAUAUAGAUCUGAAUGAUUGUGCGAUUCAGCCUUGCCUUAACGGUGGAACUUGCGUCGAUGGACUUAACGAGUAUACGUGUACUUGUGCAACAGGAUUCAACGGAGACAAUUGUCAAAUAAACAUAGAUGAUUGCGCCCCAAACCCCUGUGGUACUGGAGACUGCAUUGACGGCGUAAAUCAAUACACUUGCAAUUGCCCAAGUACCUGGUCUGGGACUAACUGUGAUCAAGAUGUUGACGAAUGCUCUGCGGGAACACCAUGUGGAGAUCAUGGGACAUGCUCAAAUGAAAUUGGUGAUUACAAAUGUACCUGCAAUGCUGGCUGGUUUGGCCCCAACUGUGACACAGAUAUUGACUUGUGUGCUGAAACAAACUGCAACAAUGGGUUGUGUGAAAAUGACAACGGUGAAGCAGGGUAUACUUGCAUAUGUGAUGCAGGAUGGGAUGGUAGCCAUUGCGAUCAAGAUAUCGACGAAUGUGCUGUAUCAGCUAAUUGUGUACAUGGGACUUGUACUAACACUGACGGGGGAUUCUCGUGUGAUUG